AUGGCUACCUUACACGAUGCCCUCCAAUGCCUCAAACCAACGUUAUGGGACGAGGUUCCCCGGGAUCCCGACGAGCUCCGUGACUAUGUGCGCGAGACCUUCAAAAAUAGCCGCCUGGUAGUGGAAUCACUUCCAGACCCCCCAAUAUCCGAUAACGAUAACUACCCCGGGUUAGACGACACGAAGGAUCCCUCCGCCCGACGAAUCGUCCCAUCAUCCGCACGAGUGGGAGAAACCGAUCCGGAGAUUACAGACCUACAAAAGGAAUGGGGGAAGCCACUCAAGAUGGGCGGACCAAGGGACAAUCCAUUAGAUGUGACAGUGUGGAAACUUUCCGCAGAUGAUGGUGGGGGCUCAUGGUUCGGGCGACGGAGUGUACAUGAGGGUAUCCCAUUCUCGCGGUGGCGGAAUAAGCUCUCAACUGAGUACGACGAAACGCUGAAAGUAAAUCGCAAGAAGAUUGAGAAUGGACAUACGCCUGACAAGUGCAUCCGUGGGAUUGGUGCCGAAGAAAAGAUCGAGAAAAUUGAGAUCAAGGACCAUGAUGGUUCGGUUCUGGGAGAGUUAAUGGUUUACCAUGUCUCGGCGCAGUUUCCCAAACCUACUGCACCGCGCGAUUUCGUGGCGUUGAUAAUCAAUUCCGAUUCUGGAUUGCAAGCUGGCGGAACUAAGCAGCCUGGUCGCAGCUGGAUCAUGAUCUCUAAGCCAUGUGAACACCCCGAUAUCCAGCAUAAGCAGGGCUAUACUCGCGGGCAGUAUGAGUCUAUCGAGCUCAUUCGGGAGAUUCCUAAGAAGAACGGCAGUGGGAGCAGCUUUCCUAGCCAGGGGAGUAAGAAGAAUAGUGAUACUUCAUCCUCCAAUCUUCAACAGCCUGAAGGGCUGCCUGAGCAGGAUGGAGCUGGGGAUGAUGAAGACGAAGAAAUGAAUCCUGUUGAAUGGAUCAUGGUCACUAGGAGUGACCCGGGCGGCAACAUUCCGCGGUGGAUGGUGGAUAAGGGAACACCACGAAGCGUGGGAACGGACGCCGCUAAAUUCAUUAAUUGGGCUCUUCAAGAUGACAAGCCACCCGAGCAAGAAGAAAGCACAGGCACGGAAGCUAUAAAUACUUCAGCAGGCGCCAAGGCUAGAUCCGGUGAUGGCGAGUCUGCGAAUGAAUACGACUCCAACCAGGCAGACGACUCGGAUUCGGAUUACGCAUCACUCAACAGCGACGGCGAGCAUUCGCAUCAUGGCCUGAUUGCCAGUGUUACCGGCUUGCUCAGUAGUGGACUGGAACGGUUCGCACCACAAGUUCUAGGCUAUGGCCCCCACACUAAAGUAUCGGGUGAUAUCCCGGCCGGGGACGAGGUUUCCUACAUUGAUGCAGACGGCAUGGCACACCUAAGCCCAAAUAGUGUCCAACAAAAUAAAACGACGUCGGGCGCCGAAUCUUCAAUAUCCCGUGAGCAUGACAAUGCUUCACUCUCCUCGGCCAAUUCCACACAAGAAGCAACAGCCAUUAACAAGGUAGCACACAACAACAUGUCACAGGAGGAACUGACGGAAAUUACAAAGAAUGGCAAGCUCACUUCCCACGAGAAAGAGCUCGCAAAGCUGGCCAUCCGCAAACGUGAGAUCGAAGACAAGCUAGAAGAAAUCCGCGCCGAACUCAACAAGUUUCAGAUCUCAUCACAACCGCCUAGUGUCUCAGGGACCCCAGUGAAAGGCAUCAGCGAGGUAGACAGUGACACUAACGGGAUGCGCAAGCGCGCAGCGACGAAUAGGUCUUCCAGGCCCGCCAGCACUAGCACACAGCAGAGCCAGAGCCAGAGCCAACAGCAGGACGAGGUCAGCAAUGAAGACCAGCCAUCUUCUGCGCGGACGGAAACCCCCGACCCGCCAUCGCGUCUCCCCAAAGCAGCCGCUCAAUUUCUCCAUGGGGAAUCUAAGCUGCUUAAACAGCUGCGCAAGAUCGAGGCUAGCCAGCUAAAAAUUACGUCGAAGAUUCAAGCGAAGCAGAGAAAGGAUGAUGAGCGUUCCCAGAAGUCCAAGUCCAAGAACAAGUCUGAGGUUGAUAACUUGAAGCAAGAGGUACAUGAUCUCAAGAAGGAGGUCAAGCAGCUUCGCUCUGAGCGCAAGAAAUGGGUCGACCUUGUUUCUUCGUUGCAGGCGGAGAAUACAAGGCUGGCGGCGAAGUCAGAGGAUGCUUAA